CCAUCUGAGUAAUGGUCUCACCUCCCAAUUUGACAGAAAAGCCCCUUGACUAUGAACAAUGCCUCUAUAUAAAUUGCCAUGGAUUAACUAGAGUUGAAGGCAAAUACAACCUUAUGAACACUUCCAUUUCAUAUUUGUUUAAAUCAGGCUAACUGGAAUUGAGAAUGAAAUCCAGCCACAACAUAUAGUCACCUAGAAACAAAAAUGACAGUUAGUUAACAGAUAUUUCAUUUCUGGACAUACCAAUAGUGCUGUAUGAGGUGGAUGCCGACUUUUCUAGGUACUACUCCCUCUUUCCCACAGCCUUAUCUUAGAAAGAACAAUAGCUAGAUUGGUCAGCAAUUACGUGAUGAGAGCCAAGAAAUCCAACUUUCUGAGUCAGUGAUUCAUUGCUGACUGUAAAGUCUGAAAGCUAGAGCUGAUGUCAUUCCUUCUACCUUCCCUUUAUAUAUCUUCCCCCCUCCUUCGUUCUUCUUCCACCAGCACAAUCCUCUCAUCAUCAACAGAUAGAAGAAGAAAGCUUCAGUUCCAAACCCUCAUCCCACAAAAAUGAAGGCAUCAUAUCUCCAUCAGGGACAAGUCAUGGGGUUCCCAAUCACCUCAUCAUCAGCAUCAACUGCUGCAAGAAUGGCCCCGAGGCCCUUACUGCUCCUUGAUGAUGCAACUAACCGCUACAUGCCUACUCCAGCUCACCAAUCUCUCAUGCUCAAACAAAACAGAUCAAAUUCCAUGCUCAAAAGGAUGAAUAAGCUGGGGAAGAAGGCUGACAAAUUCGCACACGGAAUCCGCGAACAUGUGAAACUUGGGAACAAGAUCAGCGAGACCUUGAAAGGAAAGUUAACCUUGGGGGCGCGGAUUCUGCAAGUAGGCGGUGUGAAGAAAGUGUUCAGGCAGUUCUUCAGUGUGAGUGAAGGGGAGAGGCUGUUGAAGGCAUGCCAGUGCUAUUUGUCAACUACAUCUGGCCCUAUUGCUGGGCUCCUCUUCAUUUCAACUGACAAGCUCGCAUUCUGCAGCGAGAGAUCGAUUCAGCUGUCAUCACCCGAGGGCAAAUCGAUCUGGGUUCACUACAAGGUUGUGAUCCCACUUGAGAAGAUACAAGGUGCCAACCAGAGCGAGAACACGAAAAAGCCCUCGCAGAAGUACAUGGAAAUAGUGACGGUGGACGGAUUCGAUUUCUGGUUCAUGGGUUUCUUGAAUUUCAAGAAAGCUUUCAAGCUGCAGGAUGACUACCACUGCAUCGACAUGAUUUUGCCAGUUGCUGAAGGUAUAUACAGCAAGUAGUAGUCUUGGUCUCAUGUUGAUAUGUAAUGAAGAGGACAUAGCUAGAAAUGGCUGCUGCAACUGCCAACUUAAAUCUAAUUAGUUGGUGAGGAAAUUAGAGCCCACAAAAUGUAAAGAGAGUUUAAGAUGUAAAUUAGAUUAACACGGUUUGAUUGAACGGCAUCUUCUAAAUCCUCGAGACACUGUCAAUUGUUAACAAAAGCAAAUCUUAACG